AUGGCUUACAACAUCUCUUUGACAGGCGGUGAACUCUUAAUGCGAAGCAUUAACUACCGGCUAAUUUUAGUUCAGGUUUUUGUAGCAAUUUUCCUUUGCAUCAACAUUUUCCUGAUCACAACCUUUUUUAGGAAGGAUUUCUUCUACACAACCAUGCGUUACAUAUUAUUUGCCAUUACAUUACUCUCUGAUUGUCUGAUUUUACUUGCAACAAAUUCCUUGCUCAUCUUUAGCUAUUUCAGUUUGACCAUGAAAAUGUGGUUAUGUCUCAUUUUCUACAUUUUGACAUCUGUAUACACGUUUGUAACACCAGUUACUCUGACAGCAAUGACCUUGGAGCGCUAUGUGGCCAUUUGCAUGCCCCUGCGCCAUGGAGAGCUGUGCUCCACACGCAAUACUAUGCGCAGUAUCCUCAUCAUUCAUGGCCUCAGCUCCGUGCCCUGCAUUGUUUUUCUCUGCACCUUAUUGGCAUCAACAUCCCUUAGCUUCUACAUCCAAUACAAGGUGUGCUCUGUGGAGAUGUUCGUCCUUCACAACUGGCAGGCUCAUAUUAGGUCGGCUAUAAGUGAGUUCUACUUCUUGAUCAUGUGUUUCACCAUUGUGUUCUCAUAUGUUAAAAUUAUGAAAGUGGCCAGAGCUGCAUCAGGAGAGGAUAAAAAGUCAACAUGGAAAGGCCUCAGAACAGUUCUUCUUCAUGGUUUCCAGCUGCUCCUCUGUCUCAUCCAGCUGUGGUGUCCAUUCAUAGAAGCUGCUGUACUUCAGAUUAAUUUCAUGUUAUUCAUUAAUGUCAGGUACUUUAACUAUGUAACUUUUAUUCUUGCCCCAAGAUGUCUGAGUCCUCUCAUUUAUGGCCUCAGGGAUGAAAAGUUUUUUCUUGCACUGAAAUACUAUGCUCUCUGUGGCUUGUAUAAGAAACAUAUUUUCACAUGA